AUGAGAUCCCCAAGAACCUUGGAGGUGUGGAAGCUAGGCACUGUCAACUAUUUGAAAUCCCUUAAACUUCAAGAGAGGCUGGUCUCCGAGAGAAAAGCUAACCGGAUCCCAGAUACACUCCUCUCGCUUCAGCAUCCACCAACUUACACGCUCGGGAAACGUAGAACGGAUCACAAUCUUCUCAUCCCUGAAUCCGAGCUCACCAAAAUUGGAGCUGAGCUUCAUUACACUCAGAGAGGAGGAGACAUCACUUUCCAUGGCCCUCAUCAAGCCAUCCUAUACCCCAUCAUCUCCUUACGCAGCAUCGGUAUUGGUGCUAGGAGCUAUGUAGAGUCACUGGAGCGGUCAAUGAUUGAGUUUGCUUCGGUUUACGGUGUGAAAGCUCGAGCAGGAAACAAAUGUGAGACUGGGGUUUGGGUCGGGGAUAGGAAGAUCGGUGCUAUCGGUGUUCGUAUAUCCUCUGGGAUCACUUGUCACGGUUUGGCCUUUAACAUAGAUCCUGAUUUGAAGUAUUUUGAGCACAUUGUGCCUUGUGGGAUUGCUGAUAAAGGAGUUACGUCUUUGAGAAGAGAGACAGAUACUCUGCUUCCGUCUGAAGAAGUCAUCCAUGAGCAGUUGGUUUCUUGUUUGGCAAAAGCGUUUUCUUACGAUCAUAUUGUGUGGAAGCAAGAUCCUUCUCUCAUUUUGGACAUCCAAGAGGGUAACAAAUAA